CGCACUACCACAUGCCACACCCAUUACUCGCCACUACAUACUCUUGCAUCGCAUGCCCGGCCGCCCCUCACUCACUCUUUCUCUCUCCCUCCCCCCCUCUCUCUCUCUCUCUCGCUCCACCACAGCUAUCUACUAUACCUUUCUAGCUUAGCUACAUACCUAACUAAACUGCCAAGAAUUUGGCCAAAGCAAGAUCUCAAUCCCAUAUAACACAUCGAUCGGACCCCGCCCAUGUAUCUGUAGAUAGAUAGAUAUAGAUCGAUAUGGCAGAUCACCAGAUGAUCCACCCACCAGCUGCUGCCACCACGGGCAGCAAGACUCACGGACAUGCCGGCGAUUGGUGGACCACGACGGUGUCGUGCUCGCCGGACCAGCUACCUGAUGGAUUCGGCGGCGCCGGCUGGUCGUCUGCUGCAGCUACUACUGCAGCUGAAGGCAACAGGUCCAGGUCCGGCAACGCGGCAGCCUCCUCGGAGUCUCCCGGCUCCAUCCACUCGCUCCCCACCGCCGGCAGCUCCAUAACCUUCCAGGAGUCUGCAGUCGGCGCCGCCGUCGGCGAUCAAGGCGUGGUCGCCAUGCCGCCGCACCCAGUGGCGUCUGGUCACGCCGGCAGCAGCUGGAACCAGCCUUCUUACUACUUCGACCAGCAGGCUCAUCACCUCAGUCUGAGGAGCCCCUCAUCGAAUAACACCAGCACGAUGGUACCGGACUCCCACCACGACGAUCCAAACCACCAGUUCCUGUCCAACCUUGGGCUGGAGCUGCUCUCGUCGUCGCCGACUUCGUCCUCCGGCGGGUUCCGGACCUCCUCCUCACUGCUCAGAAGCCUCACGGAGCCAUCGGCAGUUGCCACGGGCUUCCAGCAGUACCAGCAGCAGGCGGUGAACCAAGCGCCGCCUGAAAGCAUCAGGGACGACGCUCUGCAGUUCGUUAAUAGCACGCCGUUUUGGAGCGCCUCUGCCGUGUUUGCUUCCGCGGCGGAGGGGGCUACAAGCCGCUUACCAGCGAGUGCCGCCGGACCACCGUCCGCGCAGUCUAUGCCGGCGAAUUUUGCAGUCAAGAGCGCAUUAUUAGAAGGUGCCCGCGGAGACUCCAGCAGCAUCACUGCGAAUAAGACGAGCACCGAUCCAACGCCGCGGCUAAAAAAAUCGAGGACAGGGACACCGUCACCAUUGCCUGCUACCUUCAAGGUGAGGAAAGAGAAGCUUGGUGACAGAAUCACAGCGCUUCAGCAACUAGUCUCCCCUUUUGGAAAGACGGAUACGGCAUCGGUGCUCCACGAGACCAUCGAGUACAUCAAAUUCCUGCACGACCAAGUUGGUUCACUCAGUGUUCCUUACCUAAAGAAGAAUAGGCAGCAAGAAGUGCCCCCUCACAAGGUAUUGUGGGACGGAGGUGGUGAGGCAGCGGGAGCAAAUGGAGAACUCACUGGCCGAGGGCUGUGCCUGGUUCCGAUAUCGAGCACCUUUGCGGUGGCCAGCGAGACGACGACGACGCCGCCGCUCGACUUCUGGACACCGUUUGGAGGCCCUGCCUUCCGGUAGCAGACGUGUAGUAUCAUCCGGGAGCUGGCUUUUACUAAUUACAAUAAUUUGACAGUUGAUCUAGCUGUAGUCACAAUAGAUCAAGUCCUAACUCACAUCGUAUAAUGCAGUUACUAGUGAUCAUAUAUAUAGCAAUCUAUAUAUGGCUGACGUUAUGGAGUAUAUACAACAAAAUAAACUUUGGC